AUGCAGGUGACAUUCUGCAGACUUCGGACUCACCAGUGGUGUUUCAUUCUGUUUAAUAUUGUAUUAUUUCAUGCCUUGCUUUUUGGGGCUGACUUUGUGGAAGAAUAUUUUCUGCAUUCUUUGCCUCAUAUAGAUAUGAAAGUUCUUGAAAUAAAGGCUAAGGCAAGAAAAUUGAACAUGGAACCUCUAAGAAGCAAUCCCUCCAAGUAUUAUGUCCUCAGCCAGUCAGAGGUGUGUAAAGGGAAGAACAUUUUUUUGCUUUCUCUUAUCUUCAGUAGCCCAGGAAAUGGAGCAAGACGAGACCUCAUCAGGAAAACCUGGGGUAAUGUGACCAGUGUCCAAGGGCACCCCAUUCUCACACUAUUUGCUUUGGGAAUGCCUGUUUUGGUAACUACUCAGAAAGAGAUAGACAAAGAGUCCCAUAAGAAUAAUGAUAUAAUUGAAGGAAUCUUCUUGGACAGUUCAGAGAACCAAACACUGAAAAUCAUCAUAAUGACCCAGUGGGCUGUGACUUUCUGCCCUAGUGCCCUAUUCAUUCUCAAGGGAGAAGAGACGUUUGUCAAUCUACCAAGCUUAGUAGACUAUCUUCUCAACCUGAAAGAACACCUUGAAGAUGUCUAUGUAGGGAGAGUUAUCCAUCAGGAUACACCCAACAGAGAUCCUCAUAGCCAGGAAUUUGUACCUCUUAGUGAGUAUCCAGAAAAAUACUACCCAGAUUACUGCAGUGGCGAGGCCUUUAUAAUGUCUCAAGAAGUAGCUUGGAUGAUGUAUGUGGUUUUCAAAGAAGUACCUAUUAUGGUGCCUGCUGAUGUAUUUAUAGGAAUUUGUGCUAAGUCCAUUGGCCUUAUACCCAUCCACAGUUCAAGGUUUUCUGGGAAAAGACACAUCAGAUACAACAGAUGCUGCUAUAAGUUCAUUUUUACAUCCUCGGAAGCUACAGAUGUUGAAAUGCCCCUGGAAUGGAAGGAAAUUAAUGAUGGGAAAGAAUGUUCACUGUUUGAGACUUACUACGGGCUCAUUUCCUGCAAACUUCUGACAUACCUUGACGGCUUUAAACGUUUUCACAUGGGGACCACAGAAAACAAUGCUAUGUAUUUUGGUGACUAG